UGGUUGAUUGUCUAGUCAAUAUGGUGAAUUGUUUGGUUGAAGUAGUGAAUUGUCUAGUCGAAGGGGUGGUUGAAGUGGAAGAUUAUCUGGUCAAAGUAGUGAAUUGUUUGGUCAAAGAAGUGGUCAAAGUAGUAGAUUGUAUGGUUGAAAUGGUGGUUAAAGUAGUAGAUGGUUGGGUUGAAGUAGUAGAUAGUUAA